CAUUUUGGACAAACUAUUACAGAACCCCACACUACUCCGAGCUGCUAAUAAAAUGCUUUUUCAUGCCUUCAUUAGCCCAUAAUAAUAAUUCUCAAAACAAAAAAAGAGAUGAAGAAGCAUUUGGCUUCCGCAAUUUUUCUAAUUUUCUUGGUGCAGAAUAUCUGUUUCUUUGUUGAAGUAGAAGCAGGAGAUGGCUUUAUUAGGACUAGAGGGAUUCAUUUCAUGUUAAAUGGCGACCCUUUUUAUGCCAAUGGGUUUAAUGCCUACUGGCUAAUGUAUGUAGCUUCUGACCCCUCUCAAAGAUCCAAAGUUUCAGCUGCAUUUAAAGAAGCUUCAAGCCAUGGCCUUACUGUGGCUAGAACUUGGGCUUUUAGUGAUGGUGGAUACAAGCCACUACAAUAUGCUCCUGGCUCUUACAAUGCAGACAUGUUUAAGGGGUUGGAUUUUGUGAUAUCUGAAGCAAGAAGGUAUGGAAUGAAGGUUGUAUUAAGCUUGGCAAAUAAUUAUGAGAGCUUUGGGGGGAAGAAACAAUAUGUGAAGUGGGCUAGAAGUCAUGGACAGUACCUCAAUUCGGAUGAUGAUUUCUUUCGGAACCCUGUUGUUAAGGGCUAUUACAAGAAUCAUAUUAGGACUGUUCUCAACAGAUACAACACCUUCACUGGAGUUGUUUACAAGAAUGACCCUACAAUCAUGGCUUGGGAGCUUAUGAAUGAGCCUAGAUGCACAUCAGAUUCUUCUGGAAGAACCAUUCAGGCCUGGGCAACGGAGAUGGCUUCUUAUGUUAAGUCUAUUGACAGAAACCAUUUAUUAGAAGUUGGCUUAGAAGGAUUCUAUGGGCAAUCAACUCCUCAGAGGAGGACUCUGAAUCCUAAUUUUGACAUAGGAACUGACUUCAUCGCCAACAAUCGCAUACCUGGCAUUGAUUUUGCCACUGCUCAUGCUUAUCCCGAUCAAUGGAUAACAAACUCAAAUGAUCAAGCCCAGCUAUCCUUUCUCAACAAUUGGUUAAACUCCCACAUUCAAGAUGCUCAAUAUAUUCUCCGAAAGCCAUUGCUGAUCACAGAAUUCGGGAAAUCUUGGAAGGAUUCAGGUUUCAGCUCCUACCAGAGGGACCUUCUUUACAACACAGUGUAUUACAAGAUAUAUUCAUCAGCCAAGCGCGGGGGAGCAGCAGCUGGAGGGCUCUUCUGGCAACUUUUAAGUGAAGGAAUGGACUCAUUUCGCGAUGGAUACGAGAUAGUCUUAAGCCAGAGUCCUUCAACUGCAAAUUUAAUAGCUCAACAAUCUCAUAAGCUGUACCAGAUUAGGAAAAUAUUCUCAAGAAUGAGAAAUAUUCAGAGGUGGAAGAGAGCAAAGGCUGCUAGAAGGGGUGAUUGGACAGACAGGAACAGAGGAAGGCGAAUUGGAAACUGAUGAUAAGCUUGCUAUGUUGCAGUUUGAAGCUAUAACUUCUGUUUUUAAUGAAGUAGUAUGUGUGACAAAAAAACUGUCCUAAAGGAUUUUGUAUGCUAUAGAAAAUUCUGUUAAGUAUUUGCAAAAAUGCCUUUCUUUGAGAUGAUUAUGGUUCAUCCAGGUGGGUUAAUAGAUUACUUAGUAGUUGUUUUAAGUUUUAAGUAGUUGACUACUUGUGUUGUUAUUUACUUGUUAUGUAAUUUGUCGCUUAUAUAU